CAUAAAAAUCAACCCCAGAGGAUGCCUCUCGCAAUCCUGAAAGCUACGAUAGAAGCUUAGUCAGAGCUCAACAUGUCAGCCACACCGUCUUCCUCCACCGCCGGGUUUUUCCAAGCGCUGCCAGCACUGCCACCACAGUACACAUCUUCUGAUGUCAACUCGACCACGAAUCAAACGAGUGAUACUUCUCCAGCAGACGAUAAAGUGCUCGCCCGAAUUCUGGACCUUUACCUGCCAUCCAAAAAGGCAACCGUCACUUCACAUCUUCAUAGAGUCGCGCGGGUAGCACUAGACCCACGCGUCCUCGCGCAUGCCACGGACGCGGAGACGAACCACCCUGUGCUCCGUUCCUUGACGACCUUUGGCCAAGAGAAUCGUAACGAUCCGCUCUGGACAACAUCAGGAUGGCAGCGCCUAAAGGAGAUAGGAUACGCUGAAGGCGUAGUAGCAGUGGCCUACUCCCAGUCGCCCGAACUGGCACACAUCAACAAACGAGUUUAUGAGUUUGGCCUCGGACACCUCUGGUAUGUGACGGGUACGAUGACUGGCUGUCCGAUGAGCAUGACCGACGGCGCCGCCACAUUGUUGUCAAAGCAUCUAAGAGAUGCCGAUGGGGACCAGCCAGGACGAGUGCGCGUGUGUGAAGAAGCAUAUCGCCGACUAACCAGCCGCGAUCCAAAGUACGCAUGGACGAGCGGACAAUGGAUGACCGAGCGUAGCGGUGGUAGCGACGUAUCUGGUACCGAGACGCUUGCCACGCGACUCACUGCUGCACAGAUCGCGCGCGAUGAAGAGGAGGGUAGGGGCGAAGACGCGGUUGGUAUGCCGCUUGGACCUUGGAAAAUUGAUGGGUUCAAGUGGUUCAGCAGUGCAACAGACUCAGAGAUGGCCGUUCUGCUCGCUCGAACGGAAAACGGACUGAGCGCCUUCUACAUGCCCAUGCGGCGGCGCAAGGGUAAUCGUCUGGCCGCUGCGAACAUAGUGAACUUGGAAGCGCCGCCAGAAACAGAACUUAACGGUGUUCGCAUCCAGCGUCUGAAGAACAAGCUUGGCACAAAGUCACUGCCCACCGCCGAACUUGAGCUCCGCGGAGCACGAGCUUGGCUCAUCGGCACGGAAGGCCGCGGCGUAGCCGAGAUUGCAGCUGUGCUGAACAUUACACGUCUCUACACUGCGGCAGGAAGUGUAGGGAAUUGGUCGCGAGGCCUUGCAAUUUGUCGCGCGUACAGUCAAGUCCGUAAGGUUCGUGGUGGACUCCUACAGGACAACCCAGCGCACUUACGCUGGAUGGCCGAAGAGACGGUGAAGUACCAUGCUGCGGCUCACUUCACGUUCUUCGGCGUUGCGUUACAAGGCGCGCUCGAGCAGUCGCAUGGUGCUGUCGCGGUGAACACAAAGGCAGCGGACCUUGUGCCCAGCGACAAGACCGAGAUCGCGCUGCUUCUGAGGCUGUUGCUUCCUGUGAUGAAGGCGCAAGUAUCCGUAGCUUCCGUGGGUGGACUGCGGCAAUGCAUGGAAUGCCUUGGUGGCGUAGGGUACUGCGAGAACAACGAAGAUGGCGGCCUGCUGAACGUCGCUAAGAUCUACCGGGAUAACCUCGUCAAUCCGAUUUGGGAGGGUACGGUCAGCGUUAUGGCGGAAGAUGUUGUUCGCGUGCUCACAGACAAGCGCCUGGGUGAUGGCGACGUGAUAAGCAAUAUACUCGCGCCGUGGCUACAGAGAGUGCUUGCUAGCUGCAACAGCGUUCUCAAAGACGAGAUCUCGGUGGUCAGGGGUCGAUUGGAGGGACUUAAGAACCUCAUUCAUGGUAAGAGCAAGCACGAGUUACUGUACAGAGGAAGAGAGGUACUGGAUCAUCUCGAAGUUGUUGUGUCAGGAACGGUGCUGUUGUACGAUGCUACGGUCAACCCGAGCUUCGUGGCUCAAGAUAUCGCAAGGCGUUGGGUCCAGUUAAAGAGCUCAAACUCAUCAGAGUCUGAGCGUCUGCUCCCCUGGAAGGACGCGGUCAGAGUCGAUAAGAGCAUAUUUUUGGGCACAUCGGAUGUUGCCACGGAGAGACUCGAGAAGCUGUAGAUCAUCACAGACGUUACUCGUUCAUUUAGUUGGCGGACUUCUGAAGGCGGUGCAAUUGGGGGCGAAACCCGGCAGGCGAGGCUUAGUCAUCUUCCUAUCUCAGUCGAGCAAUCCAAGGCGAAGCUCCUGCACUCUCUUGAGCAUUGA